AUGGAAGAAUGUCGAUUGUUGCGAAUGCACGAGUGUCAACAGUGUGGUAAACGUUUCAAAGCACGUGGUGGUUUGCAACAACAUUUACGUAUACAUUCGAACGAUCGCCCAUAUCAGUGCCGUUUUUGUCCGAAACGUUUCACUCAAAAAUCGCAUGUCGAUCAGCAUGAAAGGAUCCAUACUGGUGCCAAACCAUUUUCUUGCCAGUUUUGUGGUCGUGCAUUUCGGCAGCGUUCCCAACAGCUUGGGCAUGAAUCAACUCAUGCAAGUGGACCCCUUUCGAUGAGUGGACAUUUACCGCAUGCAAGUUCUCAUCACAUCAAAUUUGAAAAUGCAAAUACUGAUCAAGGAUGCAGUCAAGCAGCAGCUGGGGAUGCCAGCAAUGUUGAUAGAAGUGCAGUUGUGCAACAGCAGGCAGUAACAGCGGUAGCCACUGCAGCAGCGGUUGCGGUAGCAGCACAGCAGCAGGACCGCUUAAACAGUUCGGGGAGCAGUACUUUGAGUUUGAUGUCACCAAAUGGUACUGGGUUGGCACAUAGUGCAGUCAGUUCAUUAUUAGCAUUAAGUCAGCAACAGCAGACGCAAGGAAUGGCGAUGUCACAAAGUACUCAGCAGAGCAUUGCCGAUGCUAUCGGCGCAAGAAAUAAUACAGUUUGAACGGAAGCUCAAUGUGUCAUCUUAUUUUUGCAUGCAUUCUGCAGUACUUUCAUGCCG